AUGGCUUCCGCAUCGAUGGUCAGCCUUCACGUGACUUUGCUGGACAAGGGCCAGAGCUCAGCCGUGGGCGGAUGCGCAUCCCUGGACACCUGUAUUUGGACUCUUGGGGAGCAAGUUGGGAUGCAGAAGUUGACUUCUUCGGCCCAGUCCAACUUCGGCUACAUCUUCCGAAGUGCCAGCGGCAUGUGGAAGAGCAACCAGUAUCCCAACCUCACCUUGGCGGAGGCCGGCGUCAGAAACACCGGUGAUAGGGUCCAGUUCACAGGAGACUUCGACGUCGCCACUGCAACGAAGACGUCGGCCCCUGCCACGCCCUCCACGGCUCCAUCAUCACCCCCGACCAUUCCAGCUCAACCCCCUCUUGUUCCGACCUUCCCAACUUACUCAAGCUCAAUGGUGGAGUUGAAGGUAACCAUUGAUGCUGUGAGCAAGAGCUUAACCAAGAUUUGCAGAGCAAGCCUGGACAAGUGUGUUUGGGAAUUCGGCCAAGACGUGGGCACAGCAAUGCUCUCCGGUCCAGCUUCCCAUGGAUGUGUUUUCAGCUACGCUGGGCAUCAUUGGAGAAGCAACCAACAUCCCAACCUUACGUUGGCGGAAGCAGGAGUACGCAAGAGCGGCGACGCCGUCGCCUUUUCGGCAGAUGUUCGUCCGCCGAGCCCAGCAGAGUCGAGCCCGGCUGUCGAGCUCACUGUCAGCCUUCUGGACAAGAGCGGGGCCCGAUCGACAACAGGACAGGCGCCGCUUGACAAGUGUGUCUGGACCUUUGGCGCAGAGCUGGGCAUGCGGAAGUUGACUACAGGACCUCUUUCCAACUAUGGCUAUGU